AUGGCUUCUAAAAGUAUGCAGUUGUUCCUACUGUUGAGCUGUGCAGCCUGCACUGCAGUUCUGGGAGAAAUCAUCAUGCGACCCAGCUGUACUACUGGAUGGUUUUACCAUAAUUCCAAUUGUUAUGGGUAUUUCCGAAAGCCAAGGAGCUGGUUUGAUGCUGAGCUAGAGUGCCAGUCACACGGAAAUGGAGCUCACUUGGCAUCUGUUCUGAAUACAAAGGAAGCCAACAUCAUAGCCGAAUACAUAAGUGGCUAUCAAAAAAACAAGCCUGUUUGGAUUGGCCUGCAUGACCCACAGAAGAGGCAUCAGUGGAAGUGGAUCGAUGGGGCUGUGUAUUUGUACAGAACCUGGUCUAACAAAUCUGUGGGUGGAAACAAAUACUGCGCAGAAAUGAGCUAUCAUAACAAUUUUUUAAGUUGGAACAACAAUGACUGCAACAAACUCCAACAUUUUCUGUGCAAGUACCGACCAUAG